AUGGAUAUUGUUGGAAAAUUGUUUAUGGUGGGGUUCGAAGGAACCGAUGUCACCCAGGAAAUCCAUACUCUUAUCACCAAAUAUCGUGUCAGCAGCAUCAUAUUGAGUGGGAGGAACUUCAUCAAUGCUGCUCAGGCGAAAAAAUUGAUCCAUGAUUUACAAGCCCUCGCCAUGCACUCUGGGUACAAUUAUCCGAUCAUCUUUGUUAUUGAUGAGGAAGGAGGAAUGCUAAAUUCUCUUUUCGACAAGAACUUUAUCACACAAUUCCCAGGAGCCAUGUCUUUGGGAGCGACGGGAUCCGAGGAGUUGGUUUAUCAAGUACAUCGUGCAGUCGCCAAAGAGUUGAAAUCCAUUGGGUUUUCCAUGCAUUUGGGGCCAGUGUUGGAUAUUUUGAAAAAUGGGACCAACACGUUCCAACAACAGAUGAUUGGGGUGAGAUCUUAUGGAUAUGGGGUUAAAUUAGUGCUGAGAUUUGGUAAAGCCGCGGCCCAAGCCUUUCGAGAUGAGAAGUUGUUCAAUUGUGGCAAACAUUUUCCUGGCUAUGGAUCGGCCACUGUUAACUCGAAUUUCGAGCUCCCGAUGAUUGUUGAGUCCACAGAACAAAUGAUGGAAUUUAAUCUUGUUCCUUAUAAAGACUUGAUUAAUGCGGGUCUUUUAGAUAGUGUGUUAGUUGGAGGAUGUGCCGUGCCAGGGGUCAAUAGUAACGAUUUGCACGCCUGUUUGAGCCCAACGAUUGUUACCAAUAUGUUGAGGGGAAAAUUGCAGUUCAAAGGGAUCGUCAUUAGCGAGUGUUUGCUACUAGAGGCGCUAGAUAGAAACUUUGGGGUGGUUCAAGGAUGCAUAUCGGCAUUUUCCGUGGGUUGUGACUUGAUCAUGUUGUGCAGUAACUUCAAGAUCCAAGAGGAGGCGAUACUAGCAAUGCAGUCUGUUGUUGGCGAUGAGUUGAUUGAUCCGAGUAUUUUGCGUCAAUCUUUACUGAGAAUUGAAAACUUACAACGUCAGUUACCGAGCUGGCCAGAGGUCAUUGAGCAACAGGGAAUGUUGACCCAGGAUAUUUUGAACCAGCAUAGAUUGAUUUCCAGCUUGGCGUACAAAAAAUCAAUCACGGUUAUCAGAGACGCCGGGCUUCCGAUAACCAGGUUUUUGAGUCCGAAUGUGGAAAAGGAGAACACCAUUCUAUUAUUGACUCCUUUGAUCUCGCCGCUUUAUGAGACUGUGGAUGAGCAUGGUAAUAGAUCACAUAUCAACAAUAUUGCUGCUGAUGAUUAUGCCAAACUAAAUCUUAACUACGGAGAAGAUGUUUUCAUUGAGUUAGGGAAAUUAUUGUCGGAGUAUCGGCCGGGAUACAAGAUCUAUCACACCAGUUACAAUUCUAAUGGGUUGACAUCGUUUCACGAAGAGCUCAUUUUGAAAUCGAAAGUCAUUUUAUUUUUCUCUGCAGAAACCACGAAAAAUUUGUAUCAAGUUGGGGUUUCCAAACAUGUUUCGAUGCUUUGCAAUUCACUGACGAUUCGACAUAGAGGCCAGGCACAACGAAGGGAGACCCGCCAAAUGAUUAUAAUCAGUGUUUCCUCUCCAAUGGAUUUCUUGUACGAUAUUAAUAUUGGGGGCUCUCCAACUGGGUAUAUUUGUACGUACGAUUACACCAUCAAUGCACUAAUGCAUCUUCCGGAAGUGUUGUUCGGAGAUUAUGUUCCUACGGGGAAGAUUCCGGGAUUCACUAUUGGCAAUAAGAAGUUCAUUGAUGGUAAUGGAGGUAAGAAAAAAGGUAAACAUAGCUGGUUAGUUGAAGCGUUCAACUUCACACGGGAUUGGGAUAAUUUGAUAAACCUAUUGAAAAACAACCAUUAUCUAGCCUUUUCUGCUGCGGAAUCAUCCUUGACGAGCUUGAAGAGGUUUUAUCUUGAUAGUGAGCACCACCGGAGUUUUGUGGUAAGAAACACUAGUUCGAAAACGAUUUUGGGGAUAUCGACGACCUGGUUCCAUUGUGAGCACUCUAAAUCUCUGAAUGAUAAUGUGGGGAAUUUCCUACUCUUGUUGGUUGAUAAAAAUAAGAGAAACAUUGCAAUUGGAAGUCAUUUAUAUUCAAAAACAAUGAAAUAUCUCUUCGAGGAGGCUAAUUGCAGCAGGGUCUAUUUGGGAGGGGGAUAUCCGAAGUUGACGCUGGCCAAUGAUUUGUUGCUCAAUUUUUCUGAUGAGAAUACUGGCGGUGUCAACUUUUUCAAGUCUUUUGGCUGGAACUUCGGUGAUGAGCUGUUCAUGUCAUCUGGCAACAUUCCACAGAGAAAGAGUAAAAAGCGUGAUGUUAAUGGUGAAUCUAUAUCAUUGAAUAUUAAAAACUCUGACAGAAUGAGCGUCAGUACUUUAUUAGCUGAUAAUGUUAGCGAUGCAGCCAAAUCAAAACCCGAAUACUCAAGCCAAGCUUUAUCAUUUUCCGACGCUACCAAAGACCUGGACAACCCCUUUGCAACAAGACUAUUGAACCAGCCAAUCCAAAGAAAGGUGCGACAUCUAAUGAAGCUCGACGACAUUCUUAGCUGGAAAGUCUCUGAAAAUUUGGUUCGCCAGCUCCAAGUGGUAGGGAUAAUGUUUGAUAUUUGCAGGAAUCCCGCAGAUGUGUUUGCACUACAAAAGGGAAAGAACUCACUAAAUACCUACGAGGAAGAUACUGAUAGCCACAGUGCCAACAAAGCUAAUAAUAAUUACGAGAUUUAUCUAGAAUUAUAUAAAGAUUUCUGUGCUGCUGAUGGCGAUAAACAGUAUCUUGAUGGCUCUGGUAAUUUGGAUAUAAUUGUGGCUUUGGAGCCAACGAGAAGAUCAGUGGUUGGUAGUUUGAUUGUAUUUAACGGUAACUCUAAAUUUUCAAAGUUUUUCCCGUUUCUAGAAUUUUCCAGAGGGAGUGACAAUGCCCGAAAGCCCAAGGACCAAGGUUUUGCUUGUAUAGCUGGCCAUUUCAUCGACCCAUUGUACACCACCCUUUCGGAAGUGUUUGAGUUGGGAUUGAUUUGCACUGCACUAAUGUACAUUAAGAGUCAAUACAGCAACUGUUCUGAAUGCUUCAUCACCGACAUUGAUGAGAAACAGAUUGGCAGUUUGCAGGACAACGGGUUCAAGGUGCUAGAAAAGUAUUACAAUUAUUAUUCUGUAAUGGGGAGAAGUUAG